UCCUCUAUCCCGUGUGGCUCUGCGGCGCAGGGGCAAGAUGGCUGCUGAGAAACAGGUUCCCGGUGGCGGCAGCGGCGGCGGCGGUAGUGGUGGUAGCGGCGGUGGACGCGGUGCCGGAGGAGACGAAAAUAAGGAAAACGAACGGCCUUCAGCCGGAUCGAAGGCAAACAAAGAAUUCGGGGAUAGCCUGAGUUUGGAGAUUCUUCAGAUUAUCAAGGAAUCCCAGCAGCAGCAUGGUUUACGGCAUGGAGAUUUUCAGAGGUAUAGGGGCUACUGUUCCCGUAGACAAAGACGCCUUCGGAAAACUCUCAACUUCAAGAUGGGGAACAGACACAAAUUCACAGGGAAGAAAGUAACUGAAGAUCUUCUGACUGAUAACAGGUAUUUGCUUCUGGUUCUGAUGGACGCUGAGCGAGCCUGGAGCUAUGCCAUGCAGCUUAAACAGGAAGCCAAUACUGAACCCCGAAAACGGUUCCAUUUGCUCUCUCGCCUGCGCAAAGCCGUGAAGCACGCAGAGGAAUUGGAACGCUUGUGUGAGAGCAAUCGCGUGGAUGCCAAGACCAAGUUAGAGGCUCAGGCUUACACGGCUUACCUCUCAGGAAUGCUGCGUUUUGAACAUCAGGAAUGGAAAGCUGCCAUUGAGGCUUUUAACAAAUGCAAAACUAUCUAUGAGAAGCUAGCCAGUGCUUUCACAGAAGAGCAGGCCGUGCUGUACAACCAACGUGUGGAGGAGAUCUCGCCUAACAUCCGCUACUGUGCAUAUAACAUUGGGGACCAGUCGGCUAUCAAUGAACUCAUGCAGAUGAGAUUGAGGUCUGGGGGCACCGAGGGUCUCCUGGCUGAAAAAUUGGAGGCGUUGAUCACUCAGACUCGAGCCAAACAGGCAGCCACCAUGAGUGAAGUGGAGUGGAGAGGGAGGACGGUUCCGGUGAAGAUCGACAAAGUGAGGAUCUUUUUAUUGGGACUGGCUGAUAACGAAGCAGCCAUUGCUCAGGCUGAAAGCGAAGAAACCAAGGAGCGUCUGUUUGAAUCCAUGCUCAGUGAGUGUCGGGACGCUAUCCAGGCCGUUCGAGAAGAGCUCAAGCCAGAUCAGAAACAGAGAGAUUACACCCUUGAGGGGGAGUCGGGGAAGGUAUCUAAUCUUCAGUACCUGCACAGCUACCUGACUUACAUCAAGCUGUCAACGGCCAUCAAGCGGAACGAGAACAUGGCCGAAGGUCUUCAGAAGGCACUGCUGCAGCAGCAGCCGGAAGACGACAGCAAGCGCUCCCCGCGGCCCCAGGAUCUGAUCCGCCUCUAUGACAUCAUCCUGCAGAAUCUGGUGGAAUUGCUCCAGCUUCCUGGCUUAGAGGAGGACAGAGCCUUCCAGAAGGAAAUAGGCCUGAGGACGCUGGUGUUCAAGGCUUACAGGUGUUUUUUCAUCGCUCAGUCCUAUGUGUUGGUGAAGAAGUGGAGCGAAGCCCUUGUCCUGUAUGACAGAGUCCUGAAAUACGCAAAUGAAGUAAAUUCUGACGCCGGAGCCUUCAAGAACAGCCUAAAGGACCUGCCUGACGUUCAAGAGCUCAUCACACAAGUGAGGUCAGAGAAGUGUUCUCUGCAGGCGGCAGCGAUCCUGGAUGCAAGUGACUCCCACCAAACGGAGACUUCCUCCCAAGUAAAGGAUAACAAGCCUCUGGUCGAACGGUUUGAGACUUUCUGCUUGGACCCUUCCCUUGUGACCAAGCAAGCCAACCUCGUGCACUUCCCGCCAGGAUUCCAACCCAUCCCUUGCAAGCCUUUGUUCUUUGACCUGGCCCUCAACCAUGUGGCUUUCCCACCCCUCGAGGACAAGUUGGAGCAGAAGACCAAGAGUGGCCUCACUGGAUACAUCAAGGGCAUCUUUGGAUUCAGGAGCUAACUAGGCUCUUCUUGGGGGCAGGGGGAGAAUCUCCCUCUUCAUCUGUAUUGUGAGAAAACCCCAGCGAGUUCCAUGAUAUUAAAUCCAGGUCUGCAUCGGCCCAGGGCCGGAGUGUAACAUCCUCAGCGCUGCGUCCCUGUGUCUCGUGUGUUUGUGCACUCACAUUCUUAACCGGUGUGCUAGAAGGGGACCCUGCUGUCUUCCGGUGGACGUGUGCGGGAUCCCUCUGUCCGCACCUCCUGGAGGAAGGGCCGUUGCCGUCUGGCCACGUGUCAGCCGCGUUCGGGUGGGUCCACGCCAGGCAUGGAUGGGAGCUCGGAACUUUCUGUCAUGUUUCUUCAGUACCAUGGAUUUGAAAUGGACUCCUCCUCGCUGUGAGCAUCCAGAGUCCGUGAGGGGUCUGUGACCAGGAAACACUGGCAGCGUCACCCCGGAAUUACGGUCAGCCUUAUUCCCUGUCACCUCCUAGUGGAAGUUAAGUUUCAGAACAAGCAAAGAGCUCUAUUUUUAGAAGAAACGUGUUACACUCAGAAAUGAUGAAAACAAAUCUUAUAUUAAAAGGCAAAGAUGCUGGA